AGCAUGGAGAACCAAACCUUCAGCGCUGAUAUUAUAUCCAUUGAAGGGUUAAAGGUCAGUCCUCAGUCCUCCAUCCCUGCCUUCAUCCUCCUCCUCCUCAUCUACAUCUUCAUCAUGGUGUCCAACAUCGGCCUGGUGGUCCUGAUCACCAUGGAGAGGAGCCUCCACCAGCCCAUGUACCUGCUCUUCUGUAACAUGAGUAUUAAUGAUGCGUUCGGGGCCACGUCCAUCAUCCCCCGCCUGCUGGGUGAUGUUUUUACACCAAUCACAGAACGCUACAUCCAUUACAUCGACUGUGUGGUUCAGGCCUUCGCCAGUCACUUCCAUGCAGGAACCUCUCACACGGUGCUCAUGAUCAUGGCCUUCGACCGGUAUGUGGCCAUUUGCAACCCCCUGCGUUACGCCACCAUCAUGACCAACAGAAUGGUGGUGAAGCUGUCAUCGGGGGCCUGGGUGGCGGCCUUCAUCUCCGUGGCGAUCCUGCUGGGCCUCACCAUCCGCCUGACACGCUGCAGGCAAGUUAUAUUUAACCCCUACUGCGACAACGCCUCCCUGUUCAAGCUUUCUUGCCAGAACCUCCUCAUCAACCACAUCUACGGCCUCGGCAGCGCCGUGGUCAUCCUGGGCUCCUCCCUUGGCAGCAUCGCCCUCACCUACCUGAGGAUCACCAUCAUGUGUUUGAGGAGCAAGAACAAGACCCUGAACAGCAAAGCUCUGCAGACCUGCGCCACCCACCUGACUGUGUACAUCAUCAUGUUGGUGACUUCCUUCACCCCCAUGAUCAUGCACCGGCGCCCUGAGUGGGCAGACAGUGGGAAGGUGGCGUCCGUCAUGUUUGUCGUCGUCUCCCCGGCACUGAACCCCAUCAUUUACGGGCUGCAGUGUACACAGCUCAGACAGAAGAUCCUCAGCGUGUUUCACGGGAAUAAAGUCAUGGAUGGUAAAAGUUUCACAAAGGAAAAAACUUUCCAUGAAUAA